CAGCGCGGCGCGGCGGAUAAAGCCCCCGCCACCGCGGCCGCCCAGCUCGCGCUGUGGGGCUGCCCGGGCUGCGCGGCGUCUGCAGGCGCCACCGCCGCCUCUGUGCGUGUUCUGACCCUCCUGGCCGCAGCCGCUCUCCCUCCCCAGACUCGCCGCCCCGCCGGGACCCGGCUCCCGCUCCGGCCGCGCCGCCCUCCGCGGCCGUCACCUGGGGAUCCGAGCGCCAGGCGGUUGUCCUUGCCAGAAGGAACCAUGAAGUGGCAUCUGCCCUUCUUUCUCUUGGCCACCGUGACUUUGCCCUCCAUCUGCUCCCAGUUCAACCCCCUGUCUCUCGAAGAACUAGGUUCCGACACAGGGAUCCAGGUUUUCAAUCAGAUCGUCAAGUCAAGGCCUUAUGACAACGUUGUCGUCUCCCCCCACGGGAUUGCGUCGGUCCUGGGGAUGCUUCAGCUGGGGGCCGACGGCAGGACCAAGAAGCAGCUGACGACAGUGAUGAGAUACGGCGUGAACGGAGUUGGCAAAGUGUUAAAGAAGAUCAACAAGGCCAUCGUCUCCAAGAAGAACAAAGAUAUCGUGACAGUGGCCAAUGCUGUGUUUGUCAAGAAUGGCUUCAAAAUGGAAGUGCCUUUUGUUACGAGGAACAAGGACGUGUUUCAGUGUGAGGUCCGGAACGUGGACUUCGAGGAUCCAGCCUCUGCCUGUGAUUCCAUCAAUGUGUGGGUCAAAAACGAAACCCGGGGUAUGAUUGACAACCUGCUGUCCCCAGAUCUGAUUGACGGGGUGCUCACCAGACUGGUCCUUGUCAACGCAGUGUAUUUUAAGGGUUUGUGGAAAUCGCGGUUUCAACCUGAGAACACAAAGAAGCGUACGUUCGUGGCAGCAGACGGGAAAUCCUAUCAAGUGCCCAUGCUGGCCCAGCUGUCUGUGUUCCGCUGUGGGUCGACAAGCACCCCCAAUGACUUGUGGUACAACUUCAUUGAACUGCCCUACCACGGGGAGAGUGUCAGCAUGCUGAUCGCACUGCCAACUGAGAGCUCCACCCCCCUGUCGGCCAUCAUCCCUCACAUCAGCACCAAGACCAUUGACAGCUGGAUGAGCACCAUGGUGCCCAAGAGAGUGCAGGUCAUCCUGCCCAAGUUCACAGCUGUCGCUCAAAUAGACUUGAAGGAGCCGCUGCAAGUUCUUGGUAUUACCGAGAUGUUUGAUUCAUCAAAGGCAAAUUUUGCAAAAAUAACAAGGUCAGAAAACCUUCAUGUUUCUCACAUCUUGCAAAAAGCAAAAAUUGAAGUCAGUGAAGAUGGAACCAAAGCUUCAGCAGCUACAACCGCGAUUCUAAUUGCAAGGUCGUCCCCUCCCUGGUUUAUAGUAGACAGACCUUUUCUAUUUUUCAUCCGACACAAUCCUACAGGUGCCGUCUUAUUCAUGGGGCAGAUAAAUAAACCCUGAAGAAUCUACAAUAAAACCAUGCAAAGACUACUUUGCCAUGAAGACUCCUUUCCUACAUCUUCCAUAGUUCUGUUAAAUAUUUUUUUACAUUGCUUUCUUUUUCAAAACUAGUUUUUAGGAACAGACUCAAUGAUGCAAGCAUUUCUGUUCUGGGAGGUAUUAAAGGGGGAAAAAAUGGGCAGAACGACUGAACACUGUACUGAGGAAUGAAUAGAAAGGCUUCAAAAUGUCUAAAAGAUUCUUUAAACUACUGAACUGUUACCUAGGUUAACAGCCCUCUUGAGUAUUUGCUGUCUGUCCAGUUCAGGAUUUUUGUUUUGUUUUGUUUAUAUGUGUGACUUUUCAGAAGAAAUUUAAUCAGUGUGACAGAAAAAAAAAAAAAAAACAAAACAAAAAGAUGUUUUAUGGUAGCUUUUACUUUUUUAUGGAAAAAAAUAUUAUUUGCCUUUUUAAUCUUUUUUCCCCACCCCCAUCCAAAGUCUUGAUAGCAAGCAUUAUUUGGGGGGUAAGAAGUAGCAAAAUCUCUAGCCUUUGUGUGUUUUUGUCGUUGUUUUAUAUAAUGCAUGUAUUCACUAAAAUAAAAUUUAAAAAACUAAUGUCUUGCUAGGCAAGGUUUGCUGUUGUGCAGUGUGCCUGUCACUACUGGUCUGUACUCUCUGGAUUUGCAUUUUUGUAUUUUGUACAAAGUAAAAAUAAAGUGUUAAUAGUAGU